CUUUUUUUGCCUCGGCAAUUAUACGUUCUUUUUUUUGUUGGGCUUUUUCACUUGGUUUUGUGUUUAAUUUCUCGUGUUUGUUUCUUGUUGCAGAGGAGAAGCGUGAAGAUAGGAGGAAAUAAAGAGAGGCAAUUGCACGGAAAUGUUUAGCCAACACGUUGCCCGUGGCGGGCGCCGCAUCGGCCAGAUGGCUCGAGGUGGCCUACAUCCGUCACUUGCUGCGCUCAGAGGAGCUGCUCAACGACGAUGUUAUGCUGAGGCUGCACAGGCCCCCAAGGGACGUAUCGGUCGAGGCCUCGGGCUGCUCCUGUAUGGCGUCGCAUUCAGCGGCCUCGGAGCAGCAGCAACAUUCUAUUCGAUGGUACAAAAGGGCUUUGCCUCGUUCACCGACGCCGAGUCCGCCAAGCUAUUUGUCCCCGACAGCGACGAGCUGCAACAAAUCGAAGAGACAAUCAACAAACACCCGCUCGUCCAAGAGCUUCGAUUACGACCAGAGUUCAAAGAAUCACGACCACACCUAAAGAUGUCAAGCGAGGUCCGCAGCCGUACUCUCACAGGCGGCGCCCUACAAGGCGACGGCAUGAUCAUGGUACCCCCCGUCGCCUUCAUUGAGGACGGCGGCAAGUCCAUCGUCAGCGUCACGUACAUCGGCGACCGGCUGUGCGGCCACCCGGGCCUCGUGCACGGCGGCCUGCUGGCGACGAUGCUGGACGAGGGGCUGGCGAGGGGCUGCUUCGACGCGCUGCCGCACAAGAUUGCCGUGACGGCGAGCCUGGAGAUCAACUACCGCAAGCCGACGCAGGCCAACAGCUUCCUGGUGCUGCGCGGCAAGACGGUCAAGGUCGAGGGGCGCAAGGCCUGGGCUGAGGGAUGCAUCGAGACGUUGCCUGCGCCGGGCGAGAAGCCGGUCACUUUGGUCGAGGCGAAGGGAUUGUUCAUCUCUCCCAAGUACGCGGCGCUGAUGCCCCGAAUCACCUAAAUGAUACAUGCGGUGGAAUCAUGGCGAGAUGAGAAGACGAGCGUAUAGAAUUGCGACGUUUUUCUUUUUCUUUUUCUCUUUAUUUUUACUUUGCUCUUUUUGACAUUUUUGGAAAGCGACGGCGGGAAUAGAUUAUACUAGAACUGCACAUACUUUAACAGCGAGGCAGUAGGGGGGAUGCUUGUUCGGCUUUGCCUUAGAUGGAGCUGAGCCAGAUGGAUGCUUUACAUGAUAUACCUCUAGUACAUUAUUUUGCAAUCAGUCAAAUACACAUCAAGUACAUACACUUGCAAACGACAAUACAUGUUGAG